GAACAAGUUGAUCUUUUGUUCACGAUGGAUUUCAAUUACACCAACGGAAGUCUGACAUUGAACACUAAACUAUGUUUAGUCAACGAUGCUACRUGGAAAAGGAUGCUUCGUGUGAYGGCAUACCUUUUAGUCCUUCUCGUGUCCCUGUUAGGGAAUACCAUGACCGUUAUUAUUGUCAAGAAAGUUCAAAACAGCACAGUGCGAAGGACGUUUGCGCAUAUUUUUCUUGCUAACUUGGCCAUGGCUGAUUUAGUUAUCACAGUGGUUUAUAUGCCUAGAAUGAUUGUGCGAAUGUUUCAUGGCAAAAGAUGGGUGCUCGCUGGCGACGUGGGACUCGCUAGUUGUCGAGGUGUUGUGUUUCUUCACCACACAGCUAUCUUAGUAGCAGUAUUUUCUAUUUUUCUUAUCACGUUGGAUCGCUUUUGUGCCGUGUUAUUUCCUCUGAAGAGAAUACUGACUAAACGUUUAGUCGUAGGACUUUUGUGCGCCACGUGGAUUGUAGCUGGAGCUUUACGUUCUCCGUUUCUCAUGAUCCCGCAACUCACCCCUUCGAACUUAUACAAACUAGUUUGUUCUCCACUGCUAGACCAAUUGCUUGGUGAAUAUCUCUCACUUUAUAGAACUGCUCUGGCUGUAGUCUACUGGUUCUGUUUGGCAUUGACAAUCUUGCUAUAUACUAUCAUAAUCUUUCACCUUUUGUUGAAAAAGAAUCCAGGGAUUUCCACCGAUACGACCAGCGCAAGGCAGCAGAAAGCCGGACGCAAACUCCUGAAGAUGCUGAUUUGUAUCACAAGUGCAUACUGUGUUUUCUGGUCUUUAUAUUUCCUUGCUAUUCCGUUAUAUGGAUCUCAUAUUUUUCCUUGUGAGCUGUCUUUCAUUCGAUUCUUUCUUGCGCAUUUGAACUGCGCUGUCAACCCGUGCUUAUUAGCUUACUUUGAUGUAAACUAUCGACAGGGCUACAAGGAUUUACUGAAACGUUGUUUGCCCAGGAAGUUGCUUGAUGAAAGUGGGAGAAUUGAAAUGAGGCAAAUACUGGGAAAGACGCGGCAACAAGCAAUCAUAAUGGAAACAGCUCUUGUGGCAGAAAGAGAAAUUCUGAGUGAGCAAAAGACGCAACAGCUAGCACGAUGGUUGGUUGCUAUGGAGUUUCCUCCCGGACCCCUCAAUAGUAGGAGUUUUAGGCAAUUAUAAAAUAGAGGAAUAACGCGCAGGUGAUGAAACUUGGCAGGGAGGUGUAUUGAGGAAUUACCUAUUCAAGGGUAUAAAAUUUGGUAUAUGGGAAUGCAAUUGUGACGUCAUAAAGUAAGUCCAAAUAUGGCCUCAGAAU